GGCGACGACGAAAUUGAGGCGGCGGUUCGCGGCGAGAGCGGCGCCGCGGGGAGAGACCGUGAGCUCGGUAACCCACGUACAGCCGAGCCCGGAAGCAGGCCAUCAUCGCGCCAGCGAGCUCAGGCGAGAAGAAAACGGAGCCUUCGUCCUCUUCGACCAGAUGAGGCCGCGGCCGAAACUGCCGGCGUUCUGCGAAACGGGACGGCGUUAUCUCUCCGGAAGCGUCGCCGGCGGCUCCUCGAGCCCGAACCCACGACUCCUUUCGCAGACCCAGUACAGGAAGCAGGUCUCCCUCGCGAAUCUCUUCCAAAGGUACGGUUUUUCUCCGUCCCAGUCGCCUGAAUUCCUCGCAAAGAAUCGGUUCUUGCUGAAUGCUAGCUUGCCCGACACCGAGAGAUCGCUGAGCAUUUUGUCCUCGCUCAAGAUACCCAACGAAAUGGUGGUCUCUGUGAUGAGUCGGUGUCCUGGGGUUUUGGAACAUGAGUUCCUGAGGAGAUGGGAGGUGGUUUUUCGGGAGUUUGGCUUUCUUGGUGUUUCCUCUGCUGGCAUUAUGAGUACCCUCCAGGUUUCUAGGAAAUUCAACGUCGGUCCGGAAAGGUUCGGUAGUAUUUUCAAAGCUUUGAAGGGUUUAGGAGUUCAGGAUUGCACUUAUUGCAGGAUAUUGGAGGAGUUUCCUGAAGUUAUUGCAAUGUGGGAGAGUGAAAUUUCGAGGAAAGUCGAUUUCUUGGAGGGAAUCGGCAUACCGAAUGCUGCGAUGGACCGUGUGUUUUGCGCUUUUCCUGGCAUUUUGGGAUUGAGCGUGGAGGAUCGAUUGAAGCCGCUGAUUGUUGAGUUUAGGCAUUUGGGUUUUGAUAAAGGCGUGGCUCGGGAAGAGAUUCUUAGAGAGCCUAGAGUUCUCGGCAUGGAGCUUGGGGAACUCUCGCGUUGCUUGGAACUGCUGCGGACUUUGAAAUGCCGAGAGCCGAUUAAAGCAAAGAUUUUGAGUGGAGGUGAAUUCAGAGCUGGGUUCCAAGUGAAAUUGAGGCUCGACUGCUUGUGCAGGCAUGGUUUGAUUCGCAGAGAUGCUUUUAAAGUGUUGUGGAAAGAGCCGAGAUUGAUUGUAUAUCAGACAGGGGAGAUUGAGAGGAAGAUUGAUUUCUUGGUAAACAAUAUGAACUAUGAUGUCGAGUGUCUAGUUGAGGUACCUGAGUAUUUAGGCGUGGAUUUUAAAAAACAGAUCCUUCCUCGAUACAAUGUGAUUGAGUACUUAAGAUCCGUCGGGGGACUAGGCGAUCCAGUAGGCCUGAAAAAUUUGAUAAAGCCUAGCAGGCUAAAAUUUUACAACUUGUAUGUCAAGCCAUAUCCAGAGUGCGAAAAGAUUUUCAGAAGAUAUGAAGGAGACGAAGCUAAGAAGCGGCAUCCAGUGGGACUGUGGAAGCUCUUCAAACCACAAAAGUAUCCCCAGUCCAAGGAUGAUGCAGAAAACAUAAGGUCCUUUAUGGAGUUGGGUGGCUAGGAUGGGAAAGUUGUAGCAUCUCAUCCAUUAAUAUACUUCAAACUGAGGAUCGUGAGUGGCUCACAUCUAUGUGAACCAUCUACGGGUACCACAUCAGCAUGGUCAUUUAUAACCGGGGUUUGACACUCAAUUGUUGCAUCUCUAGGAAACGCGUCAUCGGCAAGUAUCAAUUUGUUCUUGCUAUACGGAGGAGACGUCGAACAAGACCCAUUCUGCUCUUCUUCAUUCUGGUCAAGUUGCUUAUAGACUGCUUUCUUCAAAACUAAGUGAAACUGAUAAAAUGAGUUAAAAGUCAUUUUGCAACACAAUAUUAAAGAUAUAUAUGCAGGUGGAUUGUGAAAAACAUUUUGAUUUUCUAGUUUUUAUUCUGUGGCACUAAUUUUAUAGAUGUGUUUAGCCCUAAACUCUUGUCCUUUGUUUUGUACUUUAUUACUUUGUCAAAUUUUGUCUCAUGGACUUGAUCUUUUUUUACUUUACCUUAUCAAUUCUUGUAAGAUGGAGUUGCUCGUGUAGCGAAGCUUAUUCUUGUAAAAUCUGUUGGUGAGGCUGUCAAUUCUGUGUUAUGUGUGAGGCCUUUCAGAAAAUUUUUUAACAUGCCCAGUCCCAAAACUGUUGCUUUAGUGGGAACUAAUAAACUUGAUGCUUUAGUUUUAAUUCAUUUCUAUUGGAGGUAUUUGUGAUAUUUAUAUCUAUCGUGGCUUAUAUAUCUGUAUUCUUGUAAGCUGGAGUUGCUACUGUAGCGAAGCUUAUUCUUGUAAAAUCUGUUGGUGAGGCUGUCAAUUCUGUUGUAUGUACGAGGCCUUUCAGAAAAAAUUUUAACGUGCCCGGUCCCAAAAUUGUUGCUUUAGUGGGAACUAAUAAACUUGAUACUUUAGUUUUAAUUCAUUUCUAAUGGAGGUAUUUGUGAUAUUUAUAUCUAUCAUGGCUUAUAUAUCCGUAUCUUUACUUCUAUAAAACAGUAUUCAGUGGACAAACUUGCUUGUUGUUUCUAAGUUCACAAUAUCCUUGAUGUUUUACUUGCAAUUGUAUAAUAUAUCAAGUUAUGAUCCCAUAUCAAGAAAUUAACCAACGAAGUAUGUACAAAUUAUGCAAAUGCGACGUAUUUUUUACUGUUCAGCAAGUGUAUUAUUGAUGAUAGGUAAUAAUAAUACGCAGCUCCCGAGACUCAUGUAGGAGCAGCUUUGCAUGUAGUCUCAUCAUUUCAAGGCUUCUUAGAGUGUUAAGUCCUUUCUCCUAUCAGGAUAGACUGAUUGGAUAAUUUUUGCAAGUGACAAUGUGAGCUUAAUAACAGGGCAGGAUUUUUCUUUAUAUUGCUUUUCGUCAUUUGCAGCUUUAUUUACUAACUUUGAUAGCCCUUAUACACCUAUACACCUAUAACUGUGCUGUCAGCCUGAUAAAAUGUCAAAAUAUGCAACGAACUCUGGAGACAGGAAUCUUUAAUCUACUACAUUAUUAUAUUGGACCAUGUAGGCCUUUUCCUCAAGGAUAGAUAAUUUGGUGAAUUUUCUCUCUCUUUAGACCUGACAAAUGCAUUCCGGUUGUUUGGUCUGCUUAAUCCCAUUAUGGUAUAUGUUGAUGGGGUUUUAGUUGUUGUCAUAACACAGAAGGUGAGAUGCAAGGGAAGUUUCAAAUGGUGGUUGUCAGGCAUACUGGCCAUGCCAUUCAGGUUUACAUGACUCCCCAAUGUUAAAUUGCUUUUUAGUCUAGAUUUGUCUUUAUGAUAUUAAAAAUUUUAAUGCGGACAAUAUACAGGUGGAUAUACAUGAUGAAUACGCUAGACUGAUGGUUAAUUUAUUUCUCGCAACAGAAUAGGCCCUCAUGGAGUCAAGGUAAAUAACUAUGCGGAGCUUUUAGCUUUUUGCAUUCAGUUUUAGAGUUGAGGCAUUGUUACUAUGAUCUCCUUACUCCAAUUAUAUGGAGGCACUGCCUGAAUGAUGUAGAAAAUAAUGAAUUAAUGCAUGAAAAUUUGGAAUUAAUAUGAAGCAGAUGAAUUUGUUUGAUCUAUUGAAUACUCUGUGACAAAAAGAAAAAACAAACGAAUGCUCAAAUGGAGUCACCUGUAAAUGCUGUUAUAACUCAUGGUGUCAAAUUUACAAGCAUGACUAGGAAAUUUGAUCUUACCUAGCUGUGAUUAGAACUGGUAGUUUUGGUUCAGUUUCAGGGUCAGGAAACCUGUAGAAGUACUCUGUUCAGUUUGGGUGUCGGGAGAAACCCGUACCGGAUUGUUGACUGGGUAAUGUUAAAAAUCCCAAGUUUAGGUAAAACAAUGGGGAAAAAUAUUCGGAUUUCCCGGACUAGAUCUAUCUGAAAUGCAGUUGAAUCUGACUUGGUUGUCGAACAAUUGAGAGACGUAGUGAAGUGAAUUGGUCAAUCUCUCUAAUGUCACUUCGGUGUAAGCAACCAUUGACUGCAGCUUUUUGCCAACCUGGGACGACCAUAUUCUUAUUUCCGGUGCAUACAGUUAUAAAUUGCAACAGUUUUCUGCUUAACACUAUCCUGAUAUAUGCUGCAGAUCCCGGGAUUCAGCCAUGGAGAUCUUGAAUCGAGAGUGCCAUCGAUGGCUGAAGGCUGCGACAACCUUGUGGUACAAGAGUACUAGAUAUCGCCUUGCAUCUUGAGUUUAUUCCUUUUCACUUCAUUCUUUGGCGGAAAUGGGAACAGCAGCUCAUAUUGAGGUUAACUUGCAUAGAGUUAGGAGUCCGUAUUACUGGACUUAUCAAAUUCAUCAUCUCCGUCGUCGAUGAUGGUCUCACAUCCGGGAGUUUGUUUCUGAAGUUGCCUCUAAUAAUACAAACAAGGAGCUUUGCCAGUGUCCCAAUGCCUGGUUCUUGUGAUUGAGUAAAUGAAGGCUGCAGUUUCUAGCU